UAAUAAUAAUAAUAAUAAUAAUACUUCUCAUUAUUGUCCAGAAUACUCAAUGGGAAAUUGUUCAUUAUGUAAUCAUACAAAUUAUGGUAAUGAAUAUUUACAAUCAGAAAAUGAUACUAAUAGUGAUAAUUCAUUCCAAAAUUUGUAUAAUAUGUCAAGUUCUUUAUCAUAUCCAUUACUUUGCAGAGAGUUUCAUAAUACACUAACUACUAAUACUAAUUCUCAAAAUAUACCUUCAGUAGAUACAAUGCAGUCAGAUCUAUCAACAAAUUAUGAUACUACAUUAUUAAUGAAUACAAUAAGAGAUAUUGGAUGGCCAUAUUUUGAAAAAUCCACAUCUGCUUUUUCUUUAUGUUCACAUGGAAAAUCUAAUUUUAGUUCAAGUUAUCGUGAUUGUCGUCUACGUUAUAUUAAACAAACAAGAAAACUACAAAAAUAUCUUCGUGUUACACCUGAAGGGCAUAUAUUAGUGAAUAAUCCAAAAAUUGAACAUCACCAUACAACAAAUCAUAGUUUACAACAAUCGCCUAGUACACAGUCUAAUAAUAAUUCCAAAAUAAAUACAUUUGAAUGUAAAGGUAAUUUAAAUAAAUUUACAACAAAUGGUCAUGAUUUAUGUAAUAAUCCAUUUGGUUCAUUAAUUAGUACACCAAAAAUUAAACGUAUCUAUACAGCAUUUUGGAAUUUGGAACCACGUGAAAGUAUCACUGUACACAAAUUAACUUCAUCUAAAACUACAACAUUUACAGAAUCAACAACUUCAUCCUUGAAUCAUUAUACAAAUGGUUAUAAUUACUUGAAUAAUACUAAUCAAAAACAAAUUGAUAAGUUGGAAUUCCCAACGCAUAAUAAUAAUAAUAAUAAUGAUUUAACGCCAAGCACUCCACAGCUGGAACCUUUAAUGGAAGAUUCUAUAAACGAUAAAAUAACAGAUUAUCAGAUCUAGUCAUAAUAUCAAAUUAAUUUAGAAUAUAUUUUUAUUUAUUUACUUUUCAACUCAUUACUUCGCCCCAAUUUAUUAUUUUAAAAAAAAAAAUUAAAAUAAAAUAAAUAAAAAGAUUAUUCUCUUAGAUCUGUAUACAUAUGCAUAUUUUUUAUGUACAUAACAAAAUGCAUUUAUUAACUCAAUUAGACUUUUAUUUCUGGUAUAAUAUCCUGUUGCUGCUGCUGCUGCUGAUGAUGAUGAUGAUGAUCAUGUUGAUGAUGAUACAGAUAUUGAUGAAUGAAGUAUAAGGGUAAGAUUAAAGUAUAUAUCUUAAGAUUAUAUAUGAAGGCUGAGAGUUUGAAUGAUAGACUAUAACUAAUUUCUGAUUAUAUUUGGAAGGAAACCUUAUAUUGAAGCGAGACCACCAUGAGAAACCUGGAUGAACUGGACGGCUGUUCUGUCCUAUUGUGGGACUCCUCAGCA